AUGAGUCUGGAUCCGGGUAAUCUGGCGAGGUCAUCGUCCCCUGCGAGCUCCGAAGCUUCGUUGCCAAAACACCGGAACCGCAUGCACGAAGAUGAACGAAAAACGGACAAAGCCUAUCGUCGGUAUGCUUCGAAUGUGGAACGGGCUCUCUCCUUGUUUGAUACGGCUCUCCAAGAAUGGGCAGAUUACAUUUCCUUCCUGAGCCGCCUUCUCAAGGCUCUUCAAUCCCAUCCUCCGCCUUUGUCAAUCGUCCCUCAGAAAGCCUUAGUUGCGAAGCGCCUGGCCCAGUGUCUGAACCCCUCUCUACCCUCCGGCGUUCAUCAGAAAACGUUGGAGGUUUACGCUUAUAUAUUUGCUUUACUGAAGCCCGAUGAUCUUGCUCGUGAUCUUCCACUAUAUCUGCCAGGUAUCGCGCCGACCCUUACAUUUGCGUCCCUCUCCGUUCGACCAUUAGUGCUCUCGCUGUUUGAACAAUACAUUGUAAAAAUAGACCCAAUAUGCAUUCGACCCGCUCUAAAGGCUAUUCUACUCGCAUUGCUUCCUGGUCUUGAGGAGGAGUCCAGUGAGGAUUUUGAAGCCACAUUGGGAAUUGUGAAUAAAUUUAGAGAGGUCUCAAAUGGCAGAACCGAUGAACCAAGUAAUAGGUUUAAUAUGCCAACUGGAAGCCAGUACUUUUGGCAAUGCCUCUUUCUCGCGUCAAUAACGAACCCUACACGAAGAAUGGGAGUUUUGGCCUAUUUAAACCGCAAUUUGCCGAAACUUGGCGGGGAUAUUCAAAAUCAGGAGCAACCGGAAGAGAAAGUGGAGCUUUCGGUCUCUAUCAAGUCUUUGACAUCUCCUGAGCCAGGUCUUCUGGUUCGAUGCUUCGCGACUGGGUUGGCUGACAGCCAACUCCUCGUCCAACGAAACUAUUUGGACCUCCUGGUCACCCAUUUGCCUCUUCACUCUCCUGUACUAGAGUCCAGGAUCAUUGUGGAAGAUUUGGAACUACUUGUCGCAGCAGCUGCAGGCGUCGUUAUUCGAAGAGACAUGAGUUUAAAUCGCAGACUUUGGGCUUGGUUCCUGGGCCCUGAUUCUGCGUACGAUGGCAAUGAGAAUGUCGAUGAAUUACGCCAAGCCCCUCGUGGACAUUUGAUAUCAAAGCUCCACAAGGGAAUCCCUAGCUCUGAGUACUUCCUACGAUUUGGUCUGAAACCGCUGGUAAAUAGUAUCAGACAGAUGAUAAGGCAGAAUUCAAUGCUUCCCCAAGAACGAGCAAAACCAUUUCGAAUUUCACUUUCACUGAUGGACCGGUGGGAAGUGGGUGGAUUGGUUGUGCCAGAGGUGUUCCUCCCAAUAAUGCGCAGCGUGCAACAAUAUAACCAAGUUGCCACCUCAAAAUCCAUGCUUGAUGAAGUUAUCCGAUCUGCAGGUGCCUUUUUUGAUGGGGUGGAAAGCAGUUUAAUCUUUUCUGAACUACUUUCUUUGGUUUUCCAGCCAAAUGUGAACAAUACCUCGUCCAAAAAUCUUCUCUUGGAUCUACAGCUUGGUGGUUUCAUUAUAUCCCACUUCAAUAUCAGAGAAGAGGAAAUGCUAAUCACUCAUGUUCCCCUUUUGCUUCUUGGAGUUCUGCUAACUAUGAGAUCAUUAUCAUCUGUGGAGAAUUUUGAGAAAUUCAAAUUAGCAUUUGAUGAAGCAUCGUCCGUCGCUCGUGAUCUACUUAGCUUCAUCCCAAGUAGAGCGUUCAUCAAGAAGCCGCCCCAUGAUCAACACCCAAGUCAGCAGUUAGCAGAUACAAGCUCCAUGACACCCAAUGAAAUAUCAACGAAACUACUCCGAUUCUACUCUAUAACAAGAAACACGCUUGAAAACCCUACUCCACCUUUUGCACCAAAUCUUUUGGCAGAACUGCUUCUCCGACAAUCUUGCUCCCAAGUGCUAAACACUCUGAAAUCAGGAGAUCGAACCUUUCGACUUAGGGAGCAGGUAAAUUUUCUUAUCUCCCUACUCAAGAAAACUCCAAAAUCGCAUAUUUUCGAGGACGGAGACUUGUAUGAGGCAAUGCAUGAUGCGCUUUCGCUUGCAAAUAAAACAUCGACGGUACUAUCCAUGACCACCCUUUCAUCAAUGUGUUCCGUUGUCACUUCCCUCUAUUCUAUCCACUCAAGCGGCUUAUAUAUUUCAUAUGAUCAAGUAUGUGAUAUUGUGCCCUCCUUAGUGCAACAAUUGUGGGAGCUAUUACCAGCGUCAAGCCCAAAAUUUCACGUUGAAGCAGCCCGCUGCUUCUGGGUUUUACAUUCCAUCACCUGGCAGGAUCAUCUAGUUGAAGCCGCAGUUACUUCACUAAUGCUAUCUUGCGGGACCUCAAGUCCAUCAUGCCGGGCAACAUCUGAUCAAGUUGAAAGAUUCCUUGUUCUUUGGAACCAUAGUCAUGGCAGCGGCCGUUCCGCGUCCCGCGCAAUUCUGGAUCAACCUGCUGAUCCCACUUCGACUGGUAGAGAUCCACAAUUGACAUACCGGUUAUCAUUGCUUGAGCGACCCCUUUUUCUCUCUUUAGACCUUCUUUCCUCUGAAUCCGGUAGAGGACAUUCUCUCGUGAAACAAUGGCUACAAGACCCUUCCGUGGCAUAUCAGGCUUUGCAUAUUCUUGUCUCUCGACUUCUCAAAUUCUCUAGCUUCAAAACCAAUGUUAUUCAGGAGCCUCAUGACCUUAGCAUUCCAAUUAGCCCAGAUGAUGGUGGACAAUGCCUUUAUCUGCUAAAGACCAUUUCAAAUGCCAUCGCCUCCCUGACCAAUGCUGGUUGGUCUGCGUUAACAUCUAAACCCCUUGUCAACCCUAACAAACAUGCUGUUCUUUUAGAAAAUGAAGAAGAACCAACCUUACAGGGAAUCCUAGCACAAAUAGCAAUGCAGCUAGUAGAAGAACGGCAAGAAAUAUCUAAAACUAUGGGAAUGGAUGGAAAACAACUUCCGGAAGCUGCCCUUAUCCUACUGAACCAGCUAUUAUCAGGUUCAAAUGCAGAGGCGCUUCAGCAGCUUAACCUUGACACCUUCUUUCUUGACCAGCUUUUGGCUUGUCUAGAUCAAAACGAAACUAGCUUACAAAGUCCCCUACUAGAUGCCAUUCUUCCAGCACUCAAAGUCCGGUUCGCACACGAAACUAGGGAAUUAUCAGCUACUAUGGCUUCCAACCAAAAUCAGCGCAAGAGCUCAAUAGAAGCUGGACCCCAUGCCUCACGGUUGUCAUUGACCGGCGAGCAAUUAGAUAAGGAUUUCGUCAUAUCUCACUUACCGCAACCUCCACCUCAGCUGUUGCUGUGCCUUACAAAAGGCAUUUGUUCGAAGUCUUCCAAACCCAUUGUAGAUAAAUGGGUCCAUUUUUUGGGUGAAUGCUUGCCAUUAUAUUUAGGAAUUAUUUUCCAAGUGCUAUUAAAGCUGGUGGACUGUAUUUGCAAGGAAAUUAAUGCUGCUUUCAAUGAGCUACGGCUUACGUUUCAGCAGAUUGAAAGUUCUUCCUACUGCCAACCAGAGCAUGUGACAAUCUCUCUUCUUUCCGCUUUGGAAAAUUGCAUUGCUACCGGGCAUGACCGUUUACUUCUUGAAGAAGCAAAUGCAUCCGGGAGAAAAAGUCCGGAUCAGCCGCAAAGCUUUUUUGGGAACAUGGUUUCAGGUGUAUUUGCUGCAGAAGCAAGCCAGUCUCGUAGCGCUACAGCAAACGACCGAUUGACUGUUCUUCUCUGUUUCCAAGAUGCAGUACGUCUGUGCUUUUCUAUAUGGACGUGGGGCGACAAUGGUCGAGGUAAGGAUGCACGAAAGUCCGAAUGCCAUGCAUCCUUUCAGUUCACCUCGCUGCGAAUGAGAAAUCGAUCCCGACGCAUUUUAGAACAUAUGUUUACUGCUGAGACCCUAGAUUGCCUGGAGACUUUGAUUGAACUUUGGUGCACAUCUACCAGAGAGGAGAAUCAUUCCCUAGGAAGGUCUGUCUUUAAUCUGCUCCAUACUCUGGAAGGAUCAAAACCGAAAAUAGCGGUUCCUGCGUUAUUCAAUGCGAUAUACAGUCGCACGAACCCUGCAGCUCUGGACCCUAGUCGUAAGUCAGCAAUGACAGCACACUUGACUGAAGCGGACUUGGCUACGUUCCUGGUAGUAUAUGCGAGAUCUUUGGAUGAGGAUAUGCUAGAUGAAAUCUGGGCGGACUGUACAACAUUCCUUCGCGAUGUUCUCGCUAAUCCUUUCCCGCAUCGUCAGAUUCUCCCUAGACUGUUAGAAUUUGCGACUAUCCUUGGGGAAAAGAUGGAGAAUACAACAUUUGGUGAGGACUACCGUGCAAAGAAAGACUUGGGAGACAUUCUACUACGACUUCUUACUGCUAUUUCAACCAGCAAGCCAAUGGGAUUUUCACAAGAAACAGUUCAAACAAUUCACGAUUCUCAAAAACAAGAAGCUGCAAUAAGCAAGCAUCGAGUCAUCGGGUCAGACGAUAUAUACAGCGUCUUAUACUCGGUUUUUCCGGCUUUGACGACUACAUUGGGUGACGCCGAUCGAAUAGGCUCUGCGGCCUCUAAUAUAUCUACGCACUUUUUCGCUCCUCUCUUCCAUUCCCGAUUAUUCCCACAAAAUGUCAAUAGCAAUAUCUUGGCGCUUCUUCAACAAGUAUCAAAAGUUCCCAGUGCUUCCAAAUAUUGGAGGAAGGAUGUGGCGGAUGCAUUUAAUGACCCCAAGUUUUUCGCCAUGAAACUGAAUCUAGUGAAGGAUAACUGGCUGGACCUUCUGCGGCAAUGGACUUUGACAGACAAAGAGCGACUUCCAGACUUGCUAACUCGACUUACUCAGCCCACCUCAGCCGGCCUAAUGUUUGGCGUGGGUGCUUCUGCAGCUCGGCUCGAUGCAGAUCGGAAGUCCCAGUUAAACCUUCGCAGAAUCGCCUUGUUGAUUCUAACAGCAGACGAAGAUCACUUUAGUGGCGAUCUUUCUGCUCUUCAGCAGAAACUAGAGGAUCUUCUUGCUGCGACUGAUAUCUCGUCGCCGUCCUCUGUGACCAGAGCCGAGACUUAUAUGGUCUUCCGAGCUCUCAUUCUCAAAACUUCUACUAUUCAUCUUGCUCCUUUUUGGCCCAUGAUCAAUGCCGAACUACAGGACGUGAUUUCCACUAUUCCUUGUCAACGAUCAGAAACUUAUACCCCUUACUCUCUUCUACAAGCAUGCAAACUUCUAGAGACGUUACUGCUUACAUCUCCGGAUGACUUUCAAUUGCAGGAGUGGCUCUUUGUUACUGAUACCAUUGACGUUAUAUACCCUCCUGAUUAUUGGAAGUCCACAGCACUUGCAGAUGAGGUUGCUAGAGCUCUAAGCUCUGGAAAUGCCGAGUCUACUAUAGAGGAGGCUGGCAAUUCUGAGGAUGGUUUCCACCAGCUUUGGCUUAGCACAGACCUGAGCCGAGAAACUGCGAAGGAUGAGAUUGUGGAGCGAUUGUUGAGACCUUUUUUUGCACGCCUUAGUAUACAUGCAUUUGAAAGUAUGUACAGUAUGGCCAACCCGGACUUGCCAGCGUGCAAAAAUGAUUUAUUGGCAGACUUAUUUAAUGAUUUUACCAUCGCUAGUUGA